AUGAUCCUCACAGAAAAGCCAUCCAACAUUUACACAUCAGCUUUGAGAGGAAACAAGAGACUGACAGUCUUUGUGCUGGCCAUCAUAUCAUUCAUUACACUGUCAUUCUUUACAUUUUCAAGAUCAUCACUUGGCCUCAAUUCCUGUGGCAGAACAAUCAGAUCACUGAACGAAGCAGUUGCACUUUCAAGCAGCACUGGUAGCAGCAAUAGCAAUCAAAGAGGCGGUGGUCAAGCCAAGUUCAUUAAUCUGAAUGAUUUGGAAGCAACUGCAAAUGCAAAAGAUCAGCAAGAACAUGUUAUCAUCCUCACUCCCCUUAAAAAUGCUGAAGCCUAUCUCCCAAGAUACUUUGAAUUGAUUGACCGUCUAACCUAUCCCAAGGAUUUAAUUACUGUGGCAUUUCUGGUAUCAGAUACAACCGAUGAAACUGUAAACAUUUUGAAGGAAAAGGCAGACGAGUACUUGAAUCGCCAAGAUCCCUCUCAACGCUAUCAUGAAAUUGCCAUCUAUGAAAAGGAUUUCGACUUUCAACUGCCGGAAGACAAGAGACACACAUUUGAAUUGCAACCCUUGAGAAGAUCUUUUAUGGCUCGUUCAAGAAACUAUCUGUUGACUGCGGCUUUGCGUGAAUACCAUUCUUGGGUGCUUUGGUUGGAUGUGGAUGUUGUUGAAUACCCUGACACUAUCUUGGAAGACCUUCAAUCUGUGGAUGUGGAUGUCGUUGUGCCAAACUGUUUGCUGGAAACUGAAGACGGCUCGUUCUGGGCUUACGAUAAGAACAACUGGCAGGAAACUGAAAAGUCUAUUGAAAUGCAAAAGGAUCUCGACCCGGAUUAUGUCUUAUUAGAGGGUUACUACGAAUUCUUGACAAAUCGUUAUCUUAUGGUAGAUAUGCCUACGCAUUUGGGAAAAUUGGAGAAAGUGCCUUUGGAUGGUGUCGGUGCCACAUUUACACUGGUGAAAGCUCAAGUGCAUAGAGAAGGUGCCAACUUUCCUCCUUAUGUCUAUCAACACCAAGUGGAGACUGAGGGCUUUGCAAAGAUGGCUAAAGCUAUGGGCUUUGGUGUCUAUGGCUUACCUGGCUAUAUCAUUCAUCACAUCAGAAAUUCUUAA